UAUAUAUUACACCUUAUAUAAUUAUAAUAUUUAAUGGUUAUCAGUUAUGUUAUAGCUUUGUAAUGUAAUGUUCACUGCACUGUGGGGAUGUCCCUCCAUCUGCCUCCACAAAAGGCGAGCACAUGAUGUCAUCCACAGCCCCAAUCUGUCUUUAUCAGGACAGCUCAGUGUUAACUCUGGCUCUGGUGGGAAACACACACACACACUGAAGGACUACGCUUCAAGAACUCGCAAAACACAGUGUUAUAUAAUUCUUCUCUUUCUGCAAGAGGCAAACUGAAGGAUUACUCUUCAAGAAUACACAACUAUAGUGUUAUAUCAAGUGUUUUUUUUUUAACUCCUGCUAAGAAUAUCCAUAGUGAUCAAAGCACGGAUGGAUCUGAAUGGUAUCAUGUUUCUCCUGGUGCUGUGCUCCCUCAACAAGCUGCUUGUGGCGGCAAACCCUGAAGACAAUUACCAGGAGCAUCUGAACCAUCGCGGUGAACAUCGGUCGACACGGAACCAAAUUGCCACGGCCCAGUACGAAUGUUUCCAGCGGAUGAUGAAAGAAUCACACCGCAAAACAAAAACAAUAGGGCCAGUGUGCAACACCACGUGGGAUGGGUGGCUGUGCUGGGAUGAAACUGAGGCUGGCCUCACAACAGUGCAGAGCUGUCCAGACUACUAUGACAAUUUUGAUCCUAAUGCGGUGGCAUCCAAAGUCUGCACAGAGACGGGUGAGUGGGGGCGCCAUCCGGAGAGCAACAGGACGUGGACGAACUUCACAAACUGCAUAGCCAACACUACACAUCACGGGAAGGCGGCAAUGACUCAUUUCUACUUGGUUAUGAUCGGUCAUGGACUGUCGCUGGUGUCAUUGCUCAUUUCACUGGGAAUAUUCUUCCAUUUUAAGAGUCUGAGCUGCCAAAGGAUAACGCUCCACAAAAACCUCUUCCUCUCAUUUGUUCUUAAUUCAGUCAUUACUGUUGUCUGGCUGACAACAGUGGUGAAGAAACAGGGACACACUUAUAACGACUCUGCGAGCUGUAAGCUGCUCAUGUUCAUCCACCUGUAUCUGCUGAGCUGCAACUACUUCUGGAUGCUUUGCGAAGGCAUCUACCUGCACACUCUGAUUGUUGUGGCGGUGUUUGCAGAAAAACAGCAUCUCAUGUGGUAUUAUCUGCUGGGAUGGGGUUUUCCUCUCGUGCCAGCAGUGAUACAUUCAAUAGCACGCCACUGCUACUACAACGACAAAUGUUGGGUCAGCUCAGAUACUUCCUUGCUGUACAUUAUUCAUGGCCCAAUCUGCGCCGCAUUGGUGGUGAACCUUUUCUUCCUGUUGAACAUCGUGCGGGUUCUCAUCACCAAGCUGAGAGUGACGCAUCAGGCCGAGUCCAGCCUCUACAUGCGGGCUGUGAGAGCCACCCUCAUCCUCAUCCCUCUGCUGGGUAUUCAGUUUGUCCUGCUACCCUACAAGCCCGAAGACCACUGGGUGUCUGAGAUCUAUCUGUAUGUCAUGGAAAUCCUCAUGCACUACCAGGGUCUCUUAGUUUCUACAAUAUUCUGCUUCUUCAAUGGGGAGGUUCAAAGCGUUCUGCGGAGACACUGGAACCAGCAACGGAUGCAGUUUGCCGGCACUUUCGCCAAUGCCGACUUCUUCCGCUCAGCCUCCUACGUGGCGUCGUCGCUCACCGAGGUCCACCGCUGCUACAGCAUCGAAAGCCACACCGAGCACAUGAACGGCAAGAGCUACCCGGACAUCUUCAGAUCGGAUAGCCCUUUUGUGUGAAGGUGGUGCUUAAUUUUUUGGCAUUUGAGGCUUGGCGCUUAUUGAUUCUUCAAGAUGAAGUUUCAAUAUCAUCUUUCACCAUCUUUAUACCUCUUUGGAGUUCAUUUUUUUAGAUCUUUCAACACAAAAAACUCUAUUUUUCUACUUUUUUUCUCAUGAAUAUUGUCAAAAAGGAAGACAAAAGACAGUGUUUCUUCAUCAUUUACUAUACACAUGAAUAUUCAGAAAGGCUGCACUCAAGGAUCACCCAUGAAUCAACCAGCCUCACUGUAUGGCAUUAACAAAAGGAAUGAAUCCUGUUGCAUCGUGUGGAUUAAACUUGAAGAUAAAAAAGAUGCUGUUCUGUUACGAUCUUGCAAAGAGAGAAGUCGUUAUUUUUUAACCAGGCGGCAUUUAGAGGAUAUUGCUUCAGUUUAAAAAUAUGUUAUUACAGCAUGGGAUGUAGUGGAGGGUCAAAGCAUGAAAGUACUGUUUACCCACCUCUCAGUAUCUGAAAGAGCAUUUCAGAUUGUCUGUCUCACACACUUUUUCAGGGGCCAAAGUGGAUAUGUGGCCCCAUUUGAUGCUGCAGACACAUUUGCUUGGAGUUAGCCUGAUAGGAAGUUCAAUACUAAAAUGGGAACUGGUCAAAAUUCAGACAAAGCCACAGAAAGUGCUCUUUGGCAGUUGGCUUAUUACUGCCUAGUUUAUUGCUUUCGUUAAGUUAAAAGAACCCAUGAUUUCUAUGGUUAGCAGUGGCUAGCAGCAUACAGAACUGGGCAUUUAAAUGUAAAAAAAAAAAAAAAGCUAAAACAGACAAAGAAACAAAUAGCCUACUUUGCCAAAUGUCGUUCCUGCUUUAGCGAAUGUGGGCCUCUUGAGGAGAAUCUUUUCUAUUUAUGUAUUAUUUCCUUUAGCUAAGUUAAACAAAUAAUGAGGUUCACAAUAUGAUUUUUGUCAGAUACAUAAGCUUGCAUUGUCUGUUAAGCUCACUGUGUUUUGCUUCGUGUCUGAUGAUUCCAAAAUGCUGGAGAGAUGAUUGUGAGGUAGUUGGGAGAGAAUGGGGGAUGAGUGAAAAGUGCAUACAGUAAGUUUGUACAUAUAUUGGACUGUGUAUAAAUAUGACUUAUAUCGAGGCACAAAAUAUGAAUUUUAACUUUGUAUUUACACCGUUAUGAACACAUUGUUAUAUAUUACUAUUUUUAGAUUUUUAAAAUCCGCAAUCUACAGCUGGUUUCAUUAAUAGUACAAAAAAUAAUAAUGUCAUGCUACAUGUCCUUUAAAUGAACUUCACACAAAUUCAGCAGGAACUGACUUAUAUUGAUUCACUGAUCUGAAAUAUUAGUUGAUAAUUAUUAUCUCCAGCACCAGUCAUUAGCAUCCAGUAAUUCUGCAGUAUGUGUGAAGAUUAAGUGUGUCACCGCCAGUUAGAGAUAAGAAGAAACUUUCCUGUCAGGACUCUGAUGAAUGAAGAGCUGCUGGUUUCAGCCUUCUAAAACAGGAAUUACAGGUCAGUCACUUCUGCAGGACUAAUAUGAACUUAAUGGAUAACACUUCACUUUAAAGUCCCCCUAUUGAGCUUUUAUAACCAGUAUAUAAAUAGUUAAUGAAUGGUUUGUUACAAAAUAUAAUGUAGUUGUAGGGAGAUAUAAGUGUUUAUUAACGUAAUUGUAACUCUUCUUGCAGGUAACAGAUAAUUAAUGGCAAUAUACAGUAAUAAAACACAGUUGCAAUAAUAUAAAAUAAGUUAUAUUCGCUGGCAAAUACUAUACAUUAACUUUAAAGUGUUUGAAAUUAAUAUACUGCUUAUAAAUGCUAAUUAGGGGUACUUAAAGUGAAUAAAGAAAUACACUUGUUUGUUUUCUGUCUGAGAUCAAAAGAUUGAUACCACUCUUAUGUAAACUGAAGCUACUGCCAAUGGUCAGUUAGCUUAAAUUAGCAUAAAAAACUGGAAACAGCUAGUCCAAGUCUAAGCUGGCUGUAGCUUCAUGUUAAGCAUCUAAUUCUUGACAAGAAAGCAAAUAAACAAAUUUCCUGAAAUGUCAAACCGUUCCUUUUAAGACAAUUCUCUCUUCAAACACAGAUGUGUGUUUUCUCACAGAAGCGUUACAAAUGUUUUUCAUUUUUGGAGGGUCACUUUAGUCACAGUAUGAGUCCCAUUUUCAUUUUUGUAACAUAGUUUUGUCAAUAAAUCCUCACAAUGCUUGUUUAUACUGGAGUAAUAAUGCUGUAAAUAAAAACAAGCUGUUUUCAA